UUAAAGUACUUGCCAAUCUCCACAGUCCACAGUCGUCAAGCCUACCGUUCUCUCUCCUAUGUCCGUAUCAGUCAAGCAAGAUAAUGCAACAAAAAGUAAAACCAAUGUCCAGCAGCGAGCAAAAGCAUCCACAAUCCAGGGAAGGACACGUACUAAAUUAUACAAAGUGCACAUUAGCAAAGGACACCUUCUCUUUUCUUCUGUAUACUUCUACUUGUUUAUUUAUUGUUUCUUUCUAUUCUUGAGCUAUUUUCUUGUUAUUUUACGGGCAAAAUUUGAGAUGGGUGAUCAUGAAGUAGUUGUUAAUAACAAUCACCAUGAAGCUAGUAGGGAUCAGGGUUUUGUUUUAGACAUAUACCCACUUAGUAGAUACUAUUUUGGAUCAAAAGAUCCUCUUCCUUUCAGAGAUGAGACUUUAGUUGAUCGUGUACAGAGGAUGAAAUCCAACUAUCUUGCUCAUGGAUUGAGGACAUGCGUGGAGGCUGUUAUUCUGGUUGAGUUGUUCAAACACCCCCAUCUUUUGCUAUUGCAAAUUAAAAAUUCCAUCUUUAAGCUUCCUGGUGGUCGCAUAAGACCAGGUGAAUCAGAUAUUGGUGGAUUGAAACGUAAGCUAUCAAGAAAACUCUCUAAUAAUCAAGAUCAAACUGACUGGGAGGUGGGGGAGUGCCUUGGGAUGUGGUGGAGGCCUGACUUCGAAACUUUGUUGUAUCCUUACUUGCCUCCUAACCUUAAAACACCUAAGGAGUGCACAAAACUCUUCCUUGUGAGGUUACCAACGAGUUGUAAGUUCAUUGUACCAAAAAACCUUAAACUGCUAGCUGUUCCAUUGUCCCAGAUCCAUGAUAAUCACAAGACAUAUGGAGGAAUAAUCUCAGGAGUUCCACAGCUGCUAUCAAAAUACUCCUUCAGAAUAAUCAAUUCUUGAAGUGGGCAUUCUCAUAGUGACUGAGUAGACUGUGAGGUAAGUAAAGAGGGGGCCUUUAUGCUUUCGUUGGAAAAGGCUCAUUGCUGAGACAUCUCUGCUUCUAUGACAAAUCUUGAUUCACACAUUGUAUAUUCAACAGAUUGUUACUGUUAUACCUGUGGUCAGUGUUUAUCCUUUGUAAUUUAUGAACAGAGCAAUAUAGAUGUUACAUUUGUGUCUGGGUGUUACUUUUCA